ACAGGAGGUGGGGCGCUCCCCAUAAAAACGUAUUCUUAACUGGCUGCACAAAGACCGUGUGCAGUCCCAGUCUCCUCCACGCUGUGAGUGCGCAGCGGCUGCACGGAUCGCUCCGUUCGGACCUAAAAGGGCCACAUUGAAUGCACCUGGACACAUUUGCUGCAGUUUUGUCUCGGCCGAACCCCAGUUUUCUGCUGUGACUGUUCUCCAGAAAAUACUCAAACCCCCACCCCGCAUCGGGACCCGUGAACAGAGAAGCUGCGGGAGUGGUCUGGAAACUUUUGCCACAAUGAGCAAGCGAACGGUCAACCUUGAUACCUACAGCCUGUCGCUGCUCACUGCCAAAGAGGACAUCCUCAACCCCCGUUCUUCCACGAACUGGGCAUUAUUUGCAUAUGAUGGAGUCACAAACAACCUCAAACUGGCUGACUCAGGAGCGGGUGGUGUGACAGAGCUGGCAGCGAAGUUUCACAUCUCAAAGCCUCAAUAUGGACUGUGCAAAGUCGGAAGUGUAGAGACAGGAGCCCCCCGGAUCGUGCUGAUCAGCUGGGUUGGCCAAAAUGUUGAUGACUACAGGAGAACAGAAUGUGCCACCCACAUUCCAGCCCUCAAGAACUUCUUCAAGGAAGCGCAUGCUUUCAUUAGUGCAGAGAAGGUGGAGGAUGUGACAGAAGAAAAGAUAAGAGCUGAGCUCAGCAAGGCCCCAGCUCAUACUCCCACACAUUUUGUGCGAAGGAGCUCUAAGUCUGCAGAAAAGGAGGAAUUAGUGGGUACCAACUACAGAAAAACUAAUGCUGCAAUGGAGAUGAGGCUGAUAAAUAGAGACUCCUUCUGGGCACGAGCAGAGCGUGAAGAAGAACAAAGGAAAGAAGAGGAGAGGAGAAGAGGAGCCGAGGAGAGACGGCGCCUCGAAAGGGAAAGGAUUCUGAAAGAACGAAGGGAUGAAGAGGAGAGAGACAGAAAAAUGAACGAGAAACUACAAAUGAUUGAGGAGCAGAGAAGGAAACAGGCAGAGCAAGAAGAAGAGCUGCGCAGACAGGAGAAAUUAAAAUGGGAGCAGCAGCAGAGGGAGCACCAGGAAGACAUGAGGGCUCGUCUCAGACGGAGUGAAUCUAUAGAGAAAGCAGCAGAGGCAGCAGCGCUAGUAUCCCAACGCUCCAUGAACCCCAGGGAGUUCUUUCGGCAGCUGUCAUCAUCAUCGUCACAAAGUCCCACCAGCCCUGGAUCCUCCCGCACUGGCAGACCGUUCAGACGAUACCAGCGGAGCCUGACAGACACAGCCUUCAUCUUCUCUAAAGCAGAAGAGAGUGCAGCAUCCUCCCCUCGCAGUUCUCCCCUGGUCUCCCCCUUUUACCGGGCUCCUCCUUCUCCCAUUUACCGUGCCGUCUCCCCCCCAAUAAGCCCUAAUUUCUGCCUCGCUGCAGCUCCGCAGAAGCCCAGAGCGCCCACGUCACCCCCCUUGUCUCCUCUUCGUCCUGUCCCUCCAGUUUCACCUCUUCGUCCUGUCCCUCCAGUUUCACCUCUUCCUAGCAUUCCACAAACUAAUAACCAGGAUCAGGCUGCAGAUGAACCCAAAACUACAUCUCCAACAGAACCUUCUGCACCUCCAGCAUCACCUACUCUCUUAACUUCUUUGUCCCCCACUUUAGCAAAUGUCAGCCCCUGUGAGGCACAGCCAGACACCCAGCCUGACGAAUCAGCUUUGCACUCCAAGCCUCUCCUGCCUUCAGAGGCUCCAGGAGCUGCUCUUGCUGAGAUUCCACAGCCAAACAGUGACCUCAACACAGCCAGUCGUGUGCACACUGAGCUGGUCUCAGACACUGGCUACAAAGUACAGGCUGUGCUGGUGGAGGAGGAUGAGGAAGAGGAUAUGGAGGAGCAGGAGGAAGAUAAUCCUGAAACAAAACCAGAGCCUUUUGCUGUCACCACAGAACCAGCCCUGAUAGAAAUAGAGGAGGAAGAAGAAGAAGGAGAAGAAAAAGAAGAGGAAGAACAGGAGGACCAUGAGAAGGAGGACAAGGAAGAGGAGGUGAUGGAAGAAUUAAAAGAGGAAACUGAGCCAGCAUCAAUCAAGGAACCAGCUGAGAUAGAAAUGGAUGAAGAGGAGACAAAGGAAAAUGGAGAGAAGAAUAAUCAGUCAGAAGACAGUCAGCCCACUGCUGAGCUUUCAGAGAAACUGGCAGACUCAGCAGUUGCAGAUGCUGAAGCAGUUUGUCAAGGACUUGAACAUGAGACCGUAACACUGUCGAGCAACGGGAUCGAACUGGGAGAUGACACAGCGGAGCAUAAUGGCAUAGUGCAAUGUGUGAAUCCAUCUGAAACUGAAUUCAGCACUUCAGAGGUGACUACGUGCUACAGUCUCCACGGCACUGCAGAGGAGGAUGACAUCAAUGAAGAUGAGAAGCAAGAGAUCUCGGAAAAUGGAAAAGAGGUUUUAGCCGAGCGACAGAUAUGCGUCCGAGCUCUUUACGACUACCAGGCAGAGGACGAAUCUGAGAUCUCCUUUGAACCGGGUGACAUCAUCACGGACGUGGAGACGGUGGACAAAGCCUGGUGGAGGGGAUGGAGCAAAGACGGACGUCAGGGCUUAUUUCCUGCCAAUUAUGUGGAGACCAUAUAGUCAGGCAGACACACGCUAGGACAAAGAUACAGACACACAUAGACACACACUCAGGGACGCCGUCUUCCCUCACGUUAAUGCGUGUUUUUUUAACUUAAUCCUCCCACUGAAACUUUGUACUCUCUAUUUCGUUGGAAGAAUAAAGAAACACGAGGAUCCCUGUUUUGUAGGGAGCAAAAAAGAAAAGUGUAACUCACGAUUUUGAUGUUUUUGAGGAAAACAAAAAAUUCUCACAAGUGUGCAGAAAUUACCCAGCCUCAUUUUCUCGGAUAAAAUAGAGAAGACCUUCUCUUACACCAAAAUAACUUAUUUCCUUUUGAGAUGCAGUAGAAAUGUUGGUGGGAGAGAUCAGAUCACAAUGACAAAUGAUCACAAACUUUUUUUUUUUUGUCAAAGAAACACAAACAGAUUUUUAUAGUGUAUAGUCUCCUUUUUGAUCCACGCAUAUAACAAGCAUUUCACACUGCUCGCCAUUUGUAUACAUGUAUCAGACAUCAUCUUAUAAUCAUCCUCCUGUAUUCCCUGACUUAUUUUGUAGCACGGCGUUUGUUUCUGAAAGUCUCAGCGCACAGUUAAAUUACCCAAACCAGAAGUGAGGUAUAGCAAACGAUAAAAAAAUAAUAACUGUAUUUUAAAUUGGGCUAUAUUUUGUUCAUAUGGUGAUCUCCUCCCAUGCUUUUUGUGAUUAUAGCUUAUCUUUUAUUUGCCUAGAUAUUAACAAAUUAUUGCGUUAUACCAACACAAAGAUGAUCUGAAACAUCUUCCAGUUUUAAUCCUCUUUAAUAUCAUUAUACUCUACACUGUAUAUAAUAAUGUAAAAAAAAAAAGUCAAAGUCCUUUUUCUAUUCUUGUUUAUAUGUUUGUAUGUUGUAUGCUUGUUUAAUGCUCUUUUAUUUUGUAUUUACUCCAAACUUACAUAGCAUCUACAAACAAAACUAUCUUUAAAAGUUUGUCUCCUGCUUAUUUCUUCACUUUUACUGUUUCAAACAAUCAAAAUACAGUGGUUACUCUCUUUAUUGUUAACUGUCCCUUUCUUUAAAUGAUAUUAAUAUGCAGCAUUGAUAAUAUUUUACAGCUAAAGCCUUAGCCAUGUGCUUUUUUAAGUAUCAGGAAAAUGUAGUUAUUCUUUUUUUGUGUGAAAAAACAGUUUCAGAAUUCAAGGACUCUUUUUAAAAAUGGAUUUUUAAAAAAUGACUCGACAUUGUAUAAACACAGUGCUGGCCAUCAUACGGUAUACUUGCAGCCAAAACAACUCGACACCAACAAUAGUCUUGCAAAAAUCACAUUCAUUCUCAUGUAAGAACACAUUAAUAUCUAAAUAGCAAAUUGUAACAGCAGAACUUCAUGAAAAUUGCAUUUUUGCUUUUAUUUUUUAAGUUUUUAUUUCAUUAAGCAUUUAGUGUUGGGGAUAUUUUAAUAUGCAAGUAUUUCCAUCACACAUACUGUGCCCUGAUUAUUAAAGAACAACAAAAAAAAAA